UAUCAAAAUUUAUAGUUGUUCUGAUACGACAUUAGAAAGUACACACGUAAAAAAAUGAAUUCCUUUCCCUUUGCUGUCGACAAAAAAACGAAAUUGUCGUUGCUAAAAGGGCUCGACAAAAACGAAGAACAUUUAGAAGAAUGUGUAGAGUGCAUAAAAAGUUGGGUUGCGUCACAGCCUCAUUUGCCAGAGGUGCCAAGCGACAAAAUGAUCGAAUUCUUCAUCUUCACCACCAAGUUUGAUAUUGAAGCUGCACAAAAGACGAUAGAUAACUAUUACACUCUUAGAUCAAGUUUAACGAGAGUAUUCCAGUAUGCAAAUCCAUCAUCGCACGCAAUGAAGGCAGCCGUUGAUUGUGCGUACAUAGUGCCUCUACCAAACCUCGUUAACGAUAGAAAUGGAGUCGUGGUUAUAAGAGAACUACCAAAUGUACCAUCUGGUUUCGACGGGCAUUGGUGGUUAGGAGCUGUUAUGAACGUUUACGAAGUUCGAAUGCAAGAAGGGGCGCAUACUACGGGAAAUAUUUUGUUGUACGACCACCAGCAUCUGUCCAUGAAACACGUUUUUCACGUAACGCCGGCAUUCGUUAUGAAUCUCGUUAAACUUGCAGAGCAAAUUUUCGACAGCAAUUUCAUAGAGUGGCAUUUUAUUAAUAGUCCCCCAAUUGUAGAGGUAAUUUUGAAAGUUUUGAAAGCGUUUAUGAAACCAGAACUUUACAAUAGGUUAAGAUACCAUCACACGCUGGACACUUUACCUGAUUAUAUUCCACUCGAGGUCUUACCAAAGGAUUACGGUGGCAAUGAAAGAUCUUUAGAAGAAUUAAGAGAACUAUAUUUAAAAAAACUCGAGGAGCACCAACCAUACUUUGACAGACUGGAGACUUUAAAAGUCGACGAAGCACGUCGUCCUAGGUCAGAAAACGCUCCUACGGGUAUGCAGGCAAUGUUUAACAACAUUAACAGUUUGCUCUUUGGAUAAAUUAGUACUCUAGUUCUAGAUACAUACAUAUCUAUUUUGUAAGCUGCUUCAUAAACAGAUUCAAUUAAUCAAACCCAAGAUUAUUUUUUAUAGUUUUGAUACCUUGCUGGUACUAAUUAAAUAUAAGGUUUUGAUAAUCACUGAACAGGUAUAUUAAAUUUUAAUAGAUAGUGUUGUAUGUAGUUUUCAUUUUGUAAGUAGGUUUGUAUUUUAAUUUUUAUGUACGUUUUUUUAUAAAUAAUGUAGAAAAUAUAUAGUGUCUAGUUCUAAAAAUUACUGUAAAACUAUUAACUGAGCCAAUAAACUUUUAUCAUCUGUAA